GGGGCCUCGUGCGCCAACCGUCCUUGAGCGGCGAAGGCGAAGGCGAAGGCGAAGGCGAAGGCGUCCGGGCUCCAGAGCGAAGGGCCGAGGCCGGGAUCGAGAACGGGGCCCGGGGGGCCGGAACCCUCCGGGGCCGCCCCGAGCCCCGCCCCGCCCCGCCAUGGAGGAGACGCUGCUGGCCACCCCCAUCAACCCCAACAACUUCCCGGCCAAGCUGUGGCGGCUGGUGAACAGCCCGCGCUACCGCUCCAUCCGCUGGGACGGGCGCGGCGAGGGCCUGCUCAUCGACCAGCCGCUCUUCGAGGCCGAGCUGCUGGGCGCGCCGGGCCCGGGGGCGGCGGGGGCGGCGGGCGGCGGCGGCGGCGGCGGCGCCGAGCCCGACCUCUUCAAGACCACCAACUUCACCAGCUUCAUCCGCCAGCUCAACCUCUACGGCUUCCGCAAGGUGGUGCUGGGCGGCCCGGCGGCGGCGGCGGCGGCGGGGCCCGGGCCCGGGGGCCCGGCGGGGGACGGCCCGCUGCACCACUUCCACAGCCCGCACUUCCGACGGGACCAGCCGCAGCUGCUCGUGCACCUCAAGCGCCUCACCAGCGCCAACAAGGCCAAGCUGGCGGCCGGCCUCGAGGUGUCCUGCCGCCCGCCCAACCGCUUCCAGCGGCUGCUGCUCACCUCCGCCGCCGCCGCCUCCUCCGCCGCCUCGUCGGCCCUGCCCCCGCCGCCCCCCCCGCCGCCCCCGGCCCUGCCCCGGCCCGACCCGCACGGAACAGCAGCCGCAGGACAGUUUCCCCGGUCGUUCCGGCGAGAUGCUCUGUCUCCGUAUUCCUACGUAUCAACUUCAUCCCACAACCACAGCACUUUCCCCCCAAAAGGCUUAGAUCGGACGCCGAUCCCUCCUAGGACAUGGCAGAGCUCCCUUGGGAUGCACCCCGGACAGGGGGAGUCUUCCCCCACGUUCUCAGAAAAAGGGGUUCCAUUUCCUGUCCUGCAGAGGUUUCCGACCGAGGUCACGUACACCCUCCAGCCCAGCGCCACGUCUGUGCACAUUCAGCAAGGACCUCAGGCGAUGGUCAGCUCUUCCCAGAAGUACACUAACUUCACCCCCUCAGCUCAGUACUCCCAAGCCUACUAUCCAACAGCUGUACUUCAGUGUUGCUCUCCAUCCACCCACGUGGAUGCUCUCAGUAGUUGUGUUAGUCCCACUGCCUCGUCCUAUGCACACUGCAGUUAUUUUCAGAGUCCUCCGCUGCAGUCCUCCUACCCGGUGGAAUUUCUGCCCACUAACUGGUCUUGCAGUGCCACUGAUGAAAAUAAAAAGACAGAAGUAAAUCUGGAAGCGGUCUUUCAGAUUGUCGACGAGCUGCAUUCAUCCCCCAAACUGGAGAUGGUGAAGGUGGAGCCCGUGGAGAUUCAGGGCCCUGCCUCCCAGCCUAACCGAGGCCCGCAUAUUCUGACCAACUCCAGCAGCAGUAGCAACAGCAACGGGACUUCGUGCCAGGCCAGCCAGCUGGAGCCUCUUACACCAGUAAGCUCAGAUAUAACAUCCUUUGUUGUCGGAACCGAUAAAGCCAUUACCUGUUCUCUUCCACAGUCAUCUGAGUAUAUCUAUACUAUCCACCCUGCUCAGCCUGCGGAACCUGCAUCUCUCCAACAAGCUCACAUAAAGCUGAAGGAGCCACUGAGCCAUCACCAGUCUCCAUCUUCUGUAAUGUUCAUCCAGGAGGGGCUCUCCUUCGGCGCACACCAGGUGGAUGCCAGUUUCAAGUGCCAAACCAAUCCACCUGAGAACAUCAUGUCUUCAGAGGUUGGCUUCCUCAUUGCAGAUGUUGGAUCUGCUAGCAAACCUACCAAAGACACCAUUUCUUCCACUCCAGUCAGAUACAGAGAGCGAAGGAGCAGUUCACAGAAAGGCAAGUCACCUGAUCUCCAUCUGCUUGUGGACGUGGCCUGCAACCAAGAGCACUUUCCAGAGGAGGAGGAAUUAAAAGAGUGAGGAACGGAUGAUGCUGUGUGCGUACUAGCUGCCAGUCAGUUUUCUGGAGUCAGGCUGGUCGCACCUGGCACUCAGUUGGGUUAUUCAGUUAUGUUAAAAAAAAAGUUUCUGUUUUUGUUGUUGUUCAAUGUAAGUUUUAUGGAGAAUUGGUCAGUUUGAUAUUGGCUACACCUGUUUGCUUUAAAUUCUUUUGUUUGACCAGCUACGGUAGCCUAGAGCCGCCAAGUCGUUAAGCUGCCCAGAUCCCUUAGAAAUGGGAAAACCUGGCUCUCUGUAAACAGGCAGAUUGUAAAAUCUGCUACAAAAUCUGGGUACUGGGGAACAAUUUAGUUUUUGGUGUCCUUCCCUUCUUCCUGUCCCAGUUGACUCUAAAUUGUAGUCAGCACAACCCCAGCUGUGGGGAGUUCAGUGUCGCCCUUUAAAGAGGAUCUGUGCGAGUAACAAAGGCAUGGAGGGUCAUAAGAUUUCAAGGCCAGAAUGGGUCAGGGACUCGGGAGGAAGAGCAUAUUUUCUAAGCGAUUGACCAGCAAGCGCUCUUACUUCCGAACCCAGCAUUCUGUGUCAAGAAGUCUGGCCCGAUCCAUCCAUCACACUUCCUAGCUGCCGGUUCUUUUACAUUGGUGGUUGUGUGCUUCCAUUUUCACAUUUUGCUUUGAUUUUAGUAAUUCAGUAUCGUCAGUGAUAAGAAAAAUGGUUUCCUCAGCGAACUACUUAGUUGAAGUCCUUUCCAAGGAAAGGUAACUUGUUUAAUGUUUUUACUGUAUCUAUGAAUGUUGAUAGAUUUAAGUUUUAGAAACUGUUUGUACUAAUGUUGAAAGGUAGAAGGAUGAAAGGUUGUAGGUAUAAUAUUUGUCUUCAAACGGAAGACUGUACAAUGCUCGAGUAGAAUGGCAGUAAGAGAUAUAACUUAAAAAUAAUUUGUGACUGCUUAUUCAGAUUUUUAUGUAUAGAAAGAGUAAAAAAAUCACCUCUAAUGAAUACUCAGAACUUUGAGUAAAUGAAGAAUCAUAUUAGCAGUAAUUCAUAAGAUCGCUAUGUCCUACCCUUUCUAUAGUUUACAUCUGGUUUUAGUUUUUUUCUGAGAAAAGUCUGGGAGUUAGGAUGACAGAGAUAAGAACUUCAUAGGAAAUUCCCUCCCAGGUUCCAAGUUGGAAUAGUUGGAAUAUGGGGCUCAUCUUGAGGUUCAGCACGGGGUCUUGACAAAUCCUUUGUCAUUUUAAAAAUGAUUAUUUAUUUUAAUUUUUUUGUCCUCAUCCAUUGACUCUAAGAAGUUGUCAGAUUCCAGAUCUCUUUGAAAAAGGAUAAUCUUGCCUCCUCAGAUUCUGCCUUAGAAACUCAAUAAAAAAAUCUCAGAAACACUUGACUAUUGUGAUUCAAAAGAGAAGGCACUAAAUGACACAAUGGGAAUCUUCUGCCUGGGGAGUGUGUGGUGUGAAUUCCUUUCCAAGAUCCCAUUAUAUUUGCUCUAGUCUGGGAUGGAGUAGAGCUAUUCCAGUGUCAGAACUUUCAGGAGAGUGGUGAGUUUUGUGUGACUGUGCAGUAAACUCUGCCAGUUCAAGAUGUGAAACCAGGUUUUGCAGGGUGACCUUGCCUGAUCUGUGAUUGACGUCCAAGGUAUCACUAGGAUGGGGAGUUGCCUCUUUGAGCAAGUACCAAAGGAGGAAUGAAGUGCCAAGAUUUUGUGUUAGGUAGGCUAUGUGAAGACACUGUUGGCAAAUAAAGGGACUUUCUUUUCUGACACCAUUUGGGAAGGUGACAUUCAGUAAAGGUGGUAUGCCCUUCCAUAAUCUGCUUUUUUUUUUUCCUUAAAGUCCCAUUGACCUUGAAAAAGGCCAUGUCUUUUUAGAACAUGAGCCAAGCAGGAGCCUUGGCAGGGAUUUCGGUUUGGUGGUUUUAAGGCCUAAUUAAGGAAAUGCUAUUAUCAGCUUUCCCAGAUAUUUUAUAUAUGAAUAGCAUAAAGGCUAAGGAGCUGGAUCUCCUGCCAUAUCCACAUUCCACUGUACUUAGCAGCUAAAACUCUCUUUUAUCAACCCAGGCCACAAGGCAACAUGAUAAAAACCCUCUCUUGCCUGAAUUAGCCAGUACUGCACUACCUAUGCUAACAGCAUUUGACCAGCACCCAAUCUUUCAGCCCCUCAAGCAUUGAUGUAUUUCAGUCGAUCAAAAAUAAAGUGAGUGUUCCAACUAGA